AUGCCCCCCAAACGGAAUAAAAGUGCUACUCCAUCUGGGGUUACUCCGACUGGGCCAGCUGCUGCUAAUAAAAACUGGGAAACAGCUCUUACUUCUGCUGUAUUUGAAGAGAAUGACUGGAGGGCCAGUCUGUCUAUGGUGCAGGCAGAAAAAGCAGAGGACGAACAGCUCAUCAGCGCCCUCCUGCAGGCGGUCCAGCAGCCCCUGCGCAAGCUCUUCAGUGUGCUGUCCUGGGAGGACACUCUGGAAAAGAUCAAUGAACUGGGAAACCCAAAGACCAGAAAGACCAAAGAUGUUCCCAUGUUUUGUGAGGUGACUGAAGUUGCAAAGUCUAUAAUGGAUGUUGGAGAGGAAAUUACUGUGGACCUGAUGGCAAAAUUAAUAAAGUUUCAGCUUCUGACCAUCAAAAAUAAUGACAUUGCAAGGAGGGCUGCUGAGCAGAAGUCUAUAGAGGAUAACGCCCGUGCUAAAGCAGGACUGAAUUCUGCCGGCAAGGACCAGGGGGGUAAAGGAGCAGCAAAGGGGAAGAAAGCUGCCGAGCUUCCAGUUCCAACCAAAGACACCAAUCUCAAACGCAGAGGGGAAGAGGAAAAUAUAAUCAAAUACAUAGAUGAUGAGCCUGAUGACGGGCCGCAGCACUACAUCCUGAUUGUGGGGUUCUGCCAGCCUCAUUUAAUCUCUGCAUUGGACUAUCUGGGUAUCCACGUGUCCAAUAUCAUUAAACUGGGCUUAGAUAGAGAAGAAGAAUUAGAGGCUCCAGAUGAAACAGUGGCAGAUGAGAAUCACCACUCAACUGAAGAUCAAGAAGUAGAGACACUUAAACAAAAGAGGCAGUGGGAGCUAGAUGUGUUCUGGAAGCAGCUGGAUCAAGUCUUGAACAGUGGGAAUAUGGGAUCCAGGCUCAGUGAUGUUGCCAGGUUGAACUAUAAUGUGAAGAUUCAUUUGCUGCCCCAGGACAAAGGCAACACUGAAGCAAUGGUGAAUGGAGAACAAGAACUGGCAUUUGGAGCUGCUAUAUUUGAGGGGGUGGCAUGCCUUGUAUAUGACAGCAUGGACUGGAGGAGACAGUACAGCCAUUAUCUCAGCUGUAUAAGGUUUAUCCAGGUACCAGAGGCCUGCAGAUCCAUCCAGCAGUCCCGACCGCAGAGCUCCACUGAGGUUGUACAACCCCCAAGGAAGAAAGUAGCAUCAGAGGAAGACCCUGGUAUACAAGAAGAGCCAGAGUCUCCUGUUCUGAGCACAGAGGUGGAUAUGAGAUUCUACUGUGACCUACUGGACAGGAUUCCUACUGCAAUCCAAUCUGUGCCUUUUAUACUGCAUUGCAUGCUAAAACAGGUGGUGGCUUCAGAACAGGAAGGAUCUGAUGAUUCAGAAGAGCGCUGUGAUAAAACAGAUCAAGAUCUAAUCAGUUACAUGCUCUCAUCUGUGCUGAGUCUGCCACAGAAUGAAGAAGACAAUAAGGAUCUCAUGAAGAAUCUUGAGAUGCACAACAGCCCAAAGAAUACUGAUCAGAAACACCCGCUCCUGCUUAAUCACCAUGAUGAGAGAGCGAGAAGACUCCAUCAGCUUCCUGUCCUAGAUGGUUUUGAUGUCAUCAAAAUUGAAGCAGACAUCAUGAAGCAAAGCCAUGUGUGGACCAACCUGAUGUCCAGACACGCUGAGAGCGCCAUUGAUAGACUUACCAGAUCACAGGAGCUACUGCAUUUCUGCACUGACAAGUCAAUGAGCUGGUCUGAGCUACAGAGGCUUCUCCAGCUGUUUGUGUUUGAGAGCAUGCCGUUGACUACAGUGGAUGAGAGCGGCUGUAUUAAAGGAUCUCAAUCAGAUCCUCCAAACCCCACACCAUGGGACAACCCUGUUGAAUUCACCAAACAUCUGUACUGGAGCAACAGAAGGAUACCAGGAUCAGCAAAAAGCAGUGCUGGGACUGAUGAACAAACGGGUCAUGAAGUAACUGUAACAGAUCUCCAGAAGACAUUGAUUCGUCAGCUGGGACACUGGAACUUUGUAGAGAAACACAGUGCUUAUGUUUUCCCACAGGUCUUUCAGUCUGCGUGUGAGACUUAUAGAUGUGUGAACACAUUUCACUGUUGCAGAGACAAUGCAAUAUAUGUCAUCUGCCAAAAUCCCAUGAGCCCUCAGAGGAGUUGCAAAGAAUUCUGGGAUGCAUCACUUCACACAGAUGUGGGCUUCAGGAACUACUUGGAAUAUGUGGCAGACUCAAUCGGUGAAUGGACCAAGCAGGAAGAGGAAAAAUGGCAGAUGGAGCAGGAGAAGAAAGAGGCAGAAAGAACUCCCAUUCAAACCCCUUCAGAGACUGACAGGAAGAGAGACUCCCCAAUCUCAGACACAUUAGAACCGUAUAUAAGAGAGGACUCUCUCAAAGCAUGGAAGAUCGAGCAGGAAAGAUUAAAGGAGGACGAACAAUCCAAAAAGACUAAGAAAGAAAAAGGAGGAAAAGCAACACCGAAAGUAGGAGAGAGAAUCGACUCAGUAAAGGAAAACAAGAAGACUCCGCUGUCCUCAAAAAAGAGUAGAGACAACAUGUCCAAAACACCCAGCUCGGCUACACUACAUAGAGACAAGACCAGAGACAUGCUAGAGACGCCUCAAGAACCAGCAAAUGAGAUUAGAACAAAUGUUUUCACAGGCUACAGUUUAAAUGGAAAACUGGUACAGGUUGCUGGCAAAGUUCAGUCUCUCUAUCCCUGUGAUGGAGGACAAAUUGAUGUGGAGAGUUUUCACUUCACACAAGGGCUGACACAAGUGAAAGUAUGUGUAAACAAGGAUGGCCAUCACUUCUACACACACAUUUCAGAGAGAAAAAAAGAGGACAAACUAAAGGAUUUUGACAUGUUCAGUAAACAAGUCAAACCAGAUUGUGAGACCGAGAAAUUUGUCUCUUUUCAUGCUGUACUGGCCAAUGGCAUUCAGCUCUCCUGCAGUCAGAGCAAACCGAUUAAAACAAGAGGUCAAACUCUCCAACCCCCUGUGCCCAAUGCCAUCUGUACAGGCCAGCAACUACAGGAACAGCCAUUAUCUCCUUCACAAAUGUGUGUUUCUGAGGUGCCUGAGGUACAUUGUGAUCCCAGAGACGAUUCCUCUCUUCCACAGUUCCUCAAUCUGUAUGUAUCUCUUCCCAAUGGACUCAUCCUGCACUUUGAUUGUGAGGACUCAGCAGAUGGGGAUUCUUGUGUCCAAUUUCUGCUGAUACGACAGAGAUUUUAUAAUGCAGGGUCUAGAUCAGAUCUGACCCCAGACGUCAGCAUACACACUGAGGUCUCCAGGGUCAUCACCGGCAGAGGGACUGUCAUCAAACACAAGAGAGAUGGAUCUACUGAGGUCUUAUUUGCAGAUGGUACAGUCAGUACGAGUCCAGACUCUGGACCAGUGUGUGUGCUGGUUCCACACACACUCCUAAAGGAGGAAGAUCCUAUUAAAGAGAUGAUAGUGGACACCAAAGACAAGAAAGGCAAGGCUGAUUCUAAGGUAAAUACAGAGGAUGAGCAACAAAAGUCCACAGAAAAUGAAAGAACAAAAUACUAUCUCGAGAUUAACGGUGGCUCUUGGACCACCACAACCCCCUCUGGCUCCAGAGUCGCCUCUGUGGCUGGAAAGGAAGUUAAAGUGCAGCCGAUACUGGCCUAUCAUGCUACAGACCCCUUCAGUGGGACAGCUGUGGUCACAAGAGAGGACAAAGUGCUGUCUGUGCUGAAGAAAGAUGGCACGGUGAUAGUGGAUCACGCUGAUGGGACGCGUAUUACCUCCUUCUACCAGCAGGGGGAGCUGCAACAACAUCUGAGCUCAGAGAAACUGGUUCGGGUGGAAAAAGCUGAAUUUGCAACGGUGAUUAUGGACUAUGAGGGAAGAGCAUGUGAUGUUAUUUUCGGGGAUGGCACCUUCAUCAGCGCAACUGCGCAUGGAUCAUAUAAAAUUUAUCCUCAUGGUGGAGGUGUUCUUCUUAUUGAUAAGGAUGGUGGGGUGGUGUACACAUCUAAACAGUCUCAAGAGCAAUCAGAGAGGAACCCACUAGGCCAAUAUGUGAUGAACCACAGAGCAGAUGUCCUAUGUCAUGUGACAGACCCCGAGGGGAACCACUUUCAAGUUAAUGCAGAUGGGCAGGUUACUAUCAUGGCUAAUGGAUCAGAAACAAAAGAGCCAGAGACAGAAACAGAGCUUCACCAGAAUGCUGGCUUUAAAACACACCCACCCAGGUUAUUUGUGGUGCAUGAGGACUGUUCAGCCUCAGAGCUGCUGAGAGCUCAUGAUGUGGAAGAUCUCCUACAGAAGGCUUACUGUGACUCUUCUAUCGCCAUCCUCACUGACCCACUAGCAGACUCACAACAAUCAUUUGGCAUAACUCUGCUAAGGCCCUGCCCAGACAUCAACUCUCAUUGGCUCUCAUCCAAGCAAGAGGAUGACAUCAUUCCCACACACCUCAAAUCCAGGAAAUGGGAGUCAUUCCCUGCAUCUGAGGUAAUUCAUAAUCUAUAGGUGAUCCAUUUUAGGUGUAAACUUCCUUUUAGUAUUAGCUUUGGACCUGCUUUGAAGGAAAAACCGCCAAAGUCUAGUUCCAUCCACAUCCAUCCGGUUUUGGAGUGCCCUGAUGUGCUGCUGGUGCGUCAGAUGACCCAGCAUCCACCUGUUACUGAAUUACUGCGCAGGAACCUGCAAGAAAAAAUCAAGGCGUAUUUGGAGCAGCUGCUGCAGAGAGAGAAUCAGUGGGAGAAGAUGGAGCUGAAGGACCCGCGUACAGCAGAGGAGAAAGUUCAUCAGAACGAUCUACUGCAGCUUGUACUGUCCCUGCCUGAUGCUGUAGACCCUCCAGUUGCAAUGGAGAUAAGGCCUCUGUCAGCUGAUGUGGCGUCUCUCUAUACUCAAGCAGUGCGAGCAGCUCAACAUCCCCACGAGCUACAGGAAAAGAGAGAAGAGAAAGUUACCAAGUGUGUCAAUAAAAAGAAGCAAAAGUCACUGUGGGAAAACAGGAUUAACCAGCACAGGCAAGAACUCCAGGAGCAGAGAAGACACAGAAACGCACUCAGACACCAUAUCGUUACUCCAUACUUUCACCCUGAGCUGAAGGAAAUGUCACUCUUUACAGAUGAGGCUAGUACAACCAUCUGA